UGUAUUUUCCACCAGUGACACUCGUACCAGUUGUGGGAGUAAAAACCACUUGAUACAAAUGAUGCUGCAGAACAGAAGAUGGACAAGAUAAGAGAUGACUGCAACGAAGAAAACUAGAUAUGUCAGUAUGUCAAGUAUUUCCACAAUUGCAAUACCAGUCUCUGAUGCGACCUGGAUGAUUUAGCUGAAAUCUGACCUAGGUGUUGCCAUGGAAUUACUGGAGUUGGCACGCCACCUGAAGCAAGAACAGCUGUUUGUAACAUCGGAGCGCUUUCAGCUGCAGAAGCUGUUUGACGAAGUGAAGCAUGUUGCCGAGGGCCUGUACCACGAGUCAUGGGUCACGCGGGAACAAAAGGCAUGUCUCGACAGUCUUAUCUUCUCACCUCAGAAUAUGGCACCCAAAGAGUGUUGUCGUAGGGCAAAUCAUCUACAGUGGACAAACUUUGUAGACAGUUACAAACAUCUUAGUUAUCAUGAUUCCAAGUAUGGAGAAUUUCUCGCCUUUUUGCGGGAGAAUCCAAGUCUUCUGGCCCACUGUGUAGAGACUGGAGAGAAAUCCAGCAAUGAAUACACUCUCAAAGUGGUGCCUCUGCUGGUGUCUUCCGUGUGUGGGAAUUGUCUCCUCCUGGAGGACGAACAGAUAGCCCUCCGGAUGAUGACCACACUAGCAGAACUUCAGCUGGCGACUAAUGAUGACCCUCGACGACUACUUCGCAAAGGAUCCUGUGCUUUCAGUGUUAUGUAUAAGCUGGUCUUAGACUCGUUGUUUUCAGCGAAACUGUUUCUUACGGCUGCUCUCCAUGAUCCAGUUAUGCGUUUGUUGAUGGAGGAUGAAUGGUUUUAUGAUAUUGAUCCACAAAAAGCUCUUGUGCGGUUUCCUCCACAGGAACGUAUGAAGAGAUUUGGUGAACCAGGUACUGACGAUUAUACAAAGAAGUUUCAAGAAUACAGAACGUUCAUUGUGGACAAACUAGUAGUACUUGCAAAUAGAUUUAUUAAUUCACUCAAGAACAACAUCCAUUGUUUUCCAGCGGGAAUGGGAUGGCUAGUAUCACAAAUUUACCACAUACUGACCAAGGCAGGUAAGCUAUCGGGAGAAAAGGUACAGGCAAUAUGUGCUGACCUUGUUUUCUCCUUGUUCCUCUGUCCCGCUAUUUGUGAUCCUGACCCUCAUGGUAUCACGUCCGACAUACACAUCAGCCACAUCGCAAGACACAACCUGAUGCAGAUUGCACAGAUUAUACAGGUUCUGGCCGUGUCACAGUGGGAGGAGGGCUCCAGAGUCACAGACCUGUACGAGAGGUUUGAAAAGGGUUGUGUGUCGGGACUGUUGGAUGCAUUAAUACAUGGUAUAGGUACAGAGCUGCCUGGGACAGGGAUUGGGCUUGGCCACACCCAGAAUCUGACCCGCUCCUCCGUACUCAUCACCUUACCCCAGCUCAACAUGGUGGUAGGGUUUCUGCGCUCUGUGCUGCCUAUAGUGGAUGAGAGUGUGGCUGAGCGUAAACAACUAGAGGACCUUAUCCAGGGUCUACCCUCCAAUCUCAAUACCAGCACCAACAGUUUGGUCAGUACGCCCUCACAGACACCACCAGGUACACCAUCCAGUCAGAAAAAACUCUCCAAAGGUGCCAAGAAGAAGCUGGCUUUGACCCCAGGGACUGGUAACCAUGAUGAUGCUCUGUCACCUCAGCCAGGGGACACAGACUCCUCAGCAGGAAAGGAGGCAGAGGAUGUUUUAAUUCUUUCCCUUGGUACAGAUAUAGACUGUCCUGGUAUGAUGACAGAAAACAAGGUUUUAUCAUGGGAACAGGAAAAUAAACGUCGGAAAGUAAAAUAUCAAACACCAGCCGGUUUAUUUGCUGGAGAUGGCCCUCCAGUGGAGAUCCACGAAAAACGUACCCGCUUCUCUCUUUCUCAGGAUCAGGAAUCUAUAGGAAACACAAGUGAUAUCCAGGAGGCUAUAUCAGAAGCUGCAUCCAGUCAUUCAGUUGGGUCAGUGGAUAUGGAGAAUGAUGACGACAAUGAUAACUUCUCAGAUAUGAUCUCUGCUAAUGUGAGUGGGCGUGGCACCCCUAAUAUCAGUGGACGGGACACACCCCUCUCCCAGGCGGAGAGUGAGCAGGAACAGGAGGCCCCAGCCCCAGCCUUACCAGAGACAGUGCAGAAGUCAAACAGGGUGGAUGUCACCGACAGAUUUGGAAAGUUUGAAUUAGAGCGAGAUGAGACAAAGUCUACAGUGAGUGAUACAUGGAGUACUGAUGUCCUGGCUAGUGACUCUGAGCCUCCAGAACAAAACCAGUUUGAUCGUCUGGAGGAAAUCCGCGAGGAGAUGGUGCGACAGAGUCUGCUGGCAAGGAAUGAUAUUGUGUCGGAGGUAUCAGAGACUGCCAGUGAUGCUUGGAGUACUGAUGUUCUUGGUAGUGACACAGAAGAAAAACAGGCUGAGAUACUCUCAGAAUUUGAUCAGGAUGACGUUGGAAGUGUAACAGACCUUGCUUCUAUUUCGGGUGAACAGAGUUUACCCGAGAUACAGGACACUGUUGGAAAUGAAGAUACACCUCUUGCCUCUGGUCAUCAGAGCCCUACAGAGGACCACCAGUUGGAUCCUAUGGGUGCAGUGGGUGGAGCCUCAUCCAAUGCUAGCUACACCCCAAGUACGCAGCCCCGCCCCAGGGGCAAAAAGAAUCCUUUUGCUAAGUCCAACAGUACACCUUCGGACAGUGUGUUUGAGGAUAAUGACCCUGGUGUCCCAGUCAUGCCCAUGAGACUGAGCACAAGUUCACACUUUGACCAUAAUAAACUGAAUGUUCCUGUAAAACAGGGCCGUGGCCAUCAAGCUAAGUUGUCUCACAGUAAGCAAUCCAACUAUCUGUCUGUACCCGACCCGAAGUCUUCUAGUCACUCGUCUGACCGGGCCUGCUCAGCUGAUUCCCUCUCCUUUAGGAACCCCAUGUACAAUGGUGCUAAACCCAAGGAAAAGCAGAGGGCCACGUUUGCUGGGUUUGGACACUCACAGCAGCAGCAGCAGGCUAGCCUAGACCUGACUGGAUUUGCUCCAGUAAAACCUUCACAAAAACAUAAACAAGUUUUGUCAUGGGCUGGUCCUGUUACUGAUCAAGCAUCAUUUGCUACAAAUAACCAAGGGUCACCAAGUUCAAAUAAUAGUCAAACAGACUUGGACAUACUUUCCGAACAAAUGGGAAAUGUGAAGCUGUCAGAACAACAAAAUACUACACUGGUGGACACGCGAAGGCUAUCUGCUGCAUUAAGCAUGUUUGAUCCUGUUGUAGCUGGUGAUUCUGGUGACUUACUGGAUGAUAUGAGUCACUGUAGUGCCUCCUCUAAGGAGAUGAUUGGCACUCUCUCAAACAUGAACAACGAUGAUAAGAAAAUGGAUGCCGAGCCACUAAUACAGUUUACUGAUCGGAGUGAAGCUGCUUCAUCACAAGUUGCUAACAAAGACCUAAAGAUUCCAGUGCCGAUGAGAGUAUCUAAUACUGGGGCUCAUGAAUUGUUAUCACCAUCAGCAGCCAGUGAAGGUGGCAGCCCAGUGAAUGGUGAUGAAGCCAAGGAGGAUGUGAUAGAGAAGAGGCGAGACAGUGUGUCAAGUUCUCACUCCUCGGGGUCAGGAAAUACCAGUGAUGGAGCUCCUUUCACCAAGUCCUCUCGCUCUGCCAGCUUUGAUAACAUGUCACAGAGGUCAGAGGAAAAGGAAAAUGGAGACGAUGAUCAAGAUGACAAAAGUCCUGACAAGAAAAAGGGUUUUUUCAAGUCUUUUAAAGAAAAAAUUAACAAAGUACGCUCUGUGUAUGGUGUGGAAGGUAUAAAGAGAAAAGGCAACAAGCAUGAGUCAUCUCGAGAAGAUCCUAAUGACUUAAACAGUUCUGUGGUCAGUAACGGACAAGGCGAUGGAUCCAAGUCUUCCCUGGAGAACAGCUUUAAGGACGAGAGCACAGAUGACAUAUUGGCCAAGUACAGGAAAAAGCCACAGGGGAUUUUGUCAUCCCAGAGUAAUGAGUCUGGUGGGGCUACAGGAAGCUCAGUGGAUGUUGUCCCGUCAACUGUGGCAUUCAGCAACAACCCUAUCAAGGAAAAAAGAUUCUCUAUUCGGGAUGAGGACAUGACAGACUCGCCUCAUUAUGAUCCGAACAAUCUGGAGAAUUGCUUUGCAUUCAUUGAUGCCAAACGCAAGCUUCGAAUUGUGCUGAGUUCUGCUGAGUUCCAGGUGGGUUACACACCCUUGGACCUGACCUUUGGGGGUGUGGCAGGAUUGCGGGGAGACAACAACAGGAAGGAUAAUGAGCUAGUGAGACUCCUUCGAGCUCAGCUGGCCGAGGCAAUAAACCUACAGAAUAAGGACCUGAUAGCACAGCUUCACGAGGCCAUUCGCUGUGUCCGAAUGUUUGAUAACGAUGGUCUGAAGAAGUUGGUGCGGUCCCUACAGGACGAGUACCACAGUCGGUCUGCGUAUGUGUCCUACCUGAUUCGCUGUAGACAAGGCCUUCUGUCCACUCUCUCACACGUCACACGUCUUCUCAACAGGGUCAGCAGGUAUAAGGAAGUUUGCAAUCGGCACCUAACCAGUGUGCUUGUCCGUAUGUUUAUUGAGAAGAGGGAAACUAGUGUCAUGAAAUUUAUAUCAGACUUUCAGAAGCUAAGCGUUCCAGAUGAAAAGACUGACUUUGUAGAACAGUUCCUUCAGUACCUGUACCAGAACAUGAACCAGGACCCAAUCUGGCAAGCUUCCAAUGACAAUCAGAUGGAGGAUGCUCGAGUCGUAAUGGAACGUUAUAUCAUGAGUCGUAUCUACACUCAUGCCAUGUUUCCUAACGGGGACGGGGAUAUCAUGCGGGACCAAAUUCUGCACAAACAUAUCAAGAUGCUGAGCCAGGUAAUCACGCCGACCCACAAGGACCUUGGUAUCCCGAGGAUGUACCAUUUUGAGUGUCCCUGGACAGCAGCUCAGAGGGAAAUCUACAUGUUAAAUGCAUACAAGACGCCUAAAGACAAGCUGCAGUCUGUACAGAGAUGUGCGGCCACCAUCAUGAACUUGUUAAGUAUGGCUAAUGAGAAGUCCGUUCCAGCGGCUGAUGACUUUAUGCCAGUUAUGAUAUAUGUUGUGAUCAAGGCAAACCCUCCUUGUAUGUUGUCUACCAUACAGUUUGUCAAUAGCUUCUAUGGGGACCGGCUGUCUGGCGAAGAACAGUAUUGGUGGAUGCAGUUCUCAUCAGCAGUUGAAUUCAUAAAAAAUAUGGAAUACUCUUCAGAAUAGUUUUAUCUUUUUAAUGUAGUAAACUAUUUAAGAAUUUAUCAUCACAUAUCCUUUAGGCCAUGCACUGUUAUGAAUCUUAAAUCUCUCAAUGUUUAAGGUUUCAAAAAUGUUGUACCAAGGUUUGUUUUCAUAGUUAUCAAAUACAAAGUUUACUUUAGGUACACUUGUGUAUUGUGAUUAUAUAUCUAUGUUAAUAUAGAGUUCUAUAGAAGAAGUUCGUCUUUUUUUUUGCAAAAACUUUAGUUCUGGUAUUCUGGUAACAGUUUGUUGACCUUAGCUUACUUGUUGGGCUAUGCCAUUUGUUUUAUGAUAAUUCAUAUAUUUUACAACUUUUAAUUUUUGUCCUAGAAAUUUUUACUUUCGACAGGGAUGAUACUACCUUUUGAGUUAUUCUGUUCAAAAGAUUACUGACUAUAGAUUAGCAUUAAUAGCUUUCUGCUGCUGGUUUAAAUUCACUUUUGUUGUGUAUUUACCAUUGUGACAAAAGCAGAAUUUGGGUUGUUGUUGAAAAAGUAAGAAAACAUGCAAUUUGUUGGGAUUUUUAUAUUUUUUGAAUAAACCGGGAAUCUUUAGUUGUAUUUUUUUUACCUGAUACAUAGUUAAUUCAUCAUUAUUAAGUUGUGGACACAAGACUUUGUUAUCAAACUGUGUUUCAGUAUGACGCAACUUAAUAUGCCGUCCCUAUGCAGACAUUUAUAUUUGCCCUGUUAUUUUUGGAUGACGGAAAGUAUCAUUAUUUCAACCUUGCAGUUCAUAUUGUAGUGUUAUCAAUGUUUGGAGAUAUGUUGUUUAGAACAUUUUUUUAUGGUAAUACUAAUAUGUUCUGAUCAACAGCUACCACAUCGCCAGUACAAACUUGGAUGUAAAUAGAUGUAGAAUGAAGUAAGAACUAAAACACUUUAAGGAGGAGACAAAUAUUCAUAUUAAAGCUGACGGUGCAAGUUAAAAAGCUUUCAAUUGAGGUUUUUUUUCUUUUUUUUCUGGUUU